AUGGCGGACGAAGAACAUUUAACCAAUUCUUAUAAGGAAAUUUCCUUUCAAGCGCCUUGGGGAGUUAUUGCAGCAAAAGCAUGGGGACCAGAGAAUGGUAAGCCUUUCCUAGGACUACAUGGCUGGCUAGACAACGCCAACACAUUUGACAAAAUAGCUCGUUUGCUGCCUGAAAACAUUCGAUUUGUUGCGAUGGAUUUCCCGGGACAUGGCCUAUCUUCUCAUCGAUGGCCUGGAAUGCCGUAUCUNAAGGAAAUUUCCUUUCAAGCGCCUUGGGGAGUUAUUGCAGCAAAAGCAUGGGGACCAGAGAAUGGUAAGCCUUUCCUAGGACUACAUGGCUGGCUAGACAACGCCAACACAUUUGACAAAAUAGCUCGUUUGCUGCCUGAAAACAUUCGAUUUGUUGCGAUGGAUUUCCCGGGACAUGGCCUAUCUUCUCAUCGAUGGCCUGGAAUGCCGUAUCUACACUUCGAAUAUGUUGCUGAUGUAAAGAAAGUUGUCUUUCAACUGGGAUGGGAGAAGUUUUCUAUCAUAUCCCACAGCAUGGGAGCGUUUGUGGCAUCGCUGUAUGCGGGGACAUUCCCAAAUGAAGUAGAGAAUCUUGUCUUGAUUGAGUAUGGUGGUUACCCUGUUAGGAGCGCAGAGAAACCCGACUUUUGGUUAGCUAGAUAUGCAGCUGGAAUGGCGAACAUGAACCCAAGACUUCCCCGUGUUUAUGAAAGCGUAGAGGCAGCGGCUGCUAGGCGAGAAGAGCCAUAUAAUGGUAACACUUUACGUAAAGAUGAUGCGUUGUUAAUCACAAAAAGAGGAAGUACAGUCACCAAGGAUGGUGUUAUUUUUUCGCAUGAUCCAACUCUUAAAGAAAACCACUUCCCUUUUUUACCACCCCGGCUCUCUUUAAACCUUAUUCUUUCCAAGAUCAAGGGCGCGGUGUUGAUAUUAGAGGGUUCGGAUAGUCAAGACUUACUUGAGAUAGGUCACGAAAGUCGCCUGGAGAGGCUCAGUAUUAUUUGUCAGCAUGCAAAAUUCAAGAUGUGGAAAACUCUUCUAGGAGGCCACCAUGUUCAUCUUGAUAAUCCUGAACAAACUGCACAACAAAUCAAACAAUUCUUAGCUCUUUGUGAAUCCCAAGAUCGCGAUUUGCACACCAGCAAGCUGUAG